AUGGGUGGCUCGUGGAAAAUGUACCUCUAUGGCAUCGCGCCAUGUACAGGAGGCGUGGCAUUCGGAUAUGAUACGGGCUCGAUGAGCGGAAUUCUAACAAUGCCACAAUUUCUCUCCUAUAUGAAUUACCCUGGGAACUUUUUACAAGGAGGCAUAACAGCGUCAAUCCAGGCUGGCUCAUUUGCAGGGUCGCUCUUGACGGGUGCAUUCCUUGCUGACCGUCUGGGCCGUCGGAACACCAUUCUCCUGGGUUCCUUAAUAUUUACCAUCGGUGUCGCUAUCUCAACGGCAGCGAACGGGGUGACUGCGCUCAUUGCAGGUCGCGUUAUCAAUGGCUUAGGAAAUGGUUGCCUGGCAAUGAUGGUACCCCUAUAUCAGAGCGAGAUUGCUCCUCCUCAAAUUCGUGGUCGCAUUGUCUCGAUGCAACAAUGUUGUAUCAACUUUGGUAUUUUUAUCGCUUUUUGGAUCCAAUACGGAACGAGCUUUUUACCUGGCGAUGCAUCAUGGCGCCUAGCUUUAGGUCUGCAGAUGAUACCUACCGCCUCUUUGCAUCUGACCAUGUACUUUAUGCCCGAGUCACCUCGGUGGCUUGCACAGCGAGAUGAGCACGAGAAAGCGUUACAUGCAUUGGCUAAGUUGCACUCGAAUGAUGAUAUAAAUGAUUCUUUUGUGCAUGCAGAGCUAGCUGAGAUCGAGGCAAAAAUACAGUGGGAGAGGCAGAACCCCUCUCCAUCUUAUAUUCAGAUGCUCGUCGGACGCGAUCGCCGUCGAACAUGGUUAGGAAUUGGAGUGCAAUUUUGGCAACAAGUUACAGGCGUCAACGUAAUCAUGUACUAUGCGGUAUUCCUAUUUGAACAAGCUGGUAUCAGUUCAACGCGUGGCUCCUUAUUGGCAAAUGGUAUCCAAGGCGCCGUGCUCAAUAUUUUUACUUGGCCAAAUAUGUACUGGAUGGAUACCUGGGGUCGACGAACUCCCAUGGUCAUCGGUGGAUUCGGUAUGGCGAUCUCGAUGAUGCUUAUCGGAACAAUCAUGAAGACUAAAGGAAAUCCGGUAUACAAUCCACUCACCAAGAAGACAAACUUCGACUUCACCAGCCAAACUGCAUCAAAUGCCACCAUAGCAUUUGUUUAUGUUUACGUCGCGGUUUUCGGCCUGACAUGGGCAUGUGUCGCCUGGGUUUAUCCCCCUGAGCUCUUCACGACAGGCUCGCGUGGACGAGGAACAUCCAUGACGUCGGCAACGAAUUGGUUUGUGAAUUUUUGGUUUGCACUUUACAUCCCAACGGCCAUGGAAAAGAUUUCAUGGAAGCUCUACAUGGUCUUCAUGACUCUUUGCAUUACCAUGGCCAUAGUUGUUUUCUUUUUCUACCCGGAAACGGCAGGAAAGAGUUUGGAAGAGAUCGAUUUCCUCUUUUCAAAUGACCGUACGGUUUGGGUCUUCCGAGACCGACAGGCUCGCAAAGUUGGCGCUAUCUUCGAACGUGACAUGGCUCACGGGGAAGCCCUCACCGAUUUCGAUGGGAAGAUUGCGGGAACCUCUCACGUGGACAAUGUGGAGAAUGAUGCACGGCUGGAUUCUUCAAAUUCAGGAACAGUGUAG